AUGAAGACCGAUUUUAGGUUUUCCAACUUGCUGGGCACUGUCUACUGCCAAGGCAACUUGGUUUUCAGUCCAGAUGGCACCCAUCUCUUCUCACCCGUCGGCAACCGCGUGACUGUGUUCAACUUGGUAGACAACAAGUCCCAUACCCUACCAUUCGCACAUCGCAAGAACAUCGUUCGAAUCGGCCUCUCCCCUCGCGGAAACCUCCUCCUCACCGUUGACGAAGACGGCCAUGCGAUCCUGACCAACGUUCCUCGCCGCGUGUCCAUCUACCACUUCUCCUUCCGGACGCAGGUCACAGCGCUCUCGUUCUCGCCUUCAGGCAGAUACUUUGUGGUGGGAUUGGGACGCAAAGUCGAAGUCUGGCAUGUGCCUUCAACCCCGGACACCAAUGCCGACGGCGAGCUUGAAUUUGCUCCCUUUAUAAAGCGCCGCACCCUUACCGGCCACUUUGACUCGGUCCAGCAUAUCGAGUGGUCCAGCGACUCUCGAUUUUUCUUGACAGCUUCCAAGGAUUUGACGGCGAGGAUAUGGAGUGUGGAGGCCGAAGAAGGAUUCAUCCCUACCGUCCUGGGUGGCCAUAAGCAAACCGUCAUUGGUGCAUGGUUUUCCGGUGACCAGGAAACAAUUUACACAGUCAGCAAAGAUGGUGCAGUCUUUAGCUGGAAAUACGUCAAACCGCUCAACUCAUCAAAGGAUGACGACCGUAUGGAGGAUGAGGAUGACAGCGAUGAUGAAUCGGACAUGAGAUGGCGAAUUGUCGAGAGACACUACUUCAUGCAAGGUAGCGCACAUGUACGAUGUGCCUUUUUCCACGCACAAACGAAUCUCUUAGUGGCCGGUCUAUCCAACGGCUUGUUCAGCCUCUACGAAAUGCCCGACUUCAACAACAUUCACAAAUUGAGUAUUUCUCAGAGCGACGUUGACUUUGUCACAAUCAACCAGAGCGGAGAGUGGCUGGCCUUUGGUGCUUCAAAGCUGGGGCAGCUGUUGGUCUGGGAGUGGCAGUCGGAGUCUUACAUCCUCAAACAGCAGGGCCAUUUCGAUUCAAUAAACUCUGUGGUUUACUCACCGGAUGGUCAGCGAAUCAUCACUACUGCUGAUGAUGGUAAGAUCAAGGUGUGGGAUAUUGAGUCUGGUUUCUGUAUUGUCACAUUCACGGAGCACACCAGCGGCGUCACUGCUUGUGAGUUUGCCAAAAAGGGAAAUGUUCUAUUUACAUCCAGUCUUGAUGGCUCUGUCAGAGCCUGGGAUCUCAUCAGAUAUCGAAAUUUCCGUACUUUCACAGCCCCAACAAGGCUUUCCUUUACCAGCAUGGCUGUUGACCCCAGCGGCGAAGUAGUAGCUGCAGGAUCGUUGGAUUCCUUUGACAUUCACAUCUGGUCGGUGCAGACUGGCCAACUGCUUGAUCGGCUGGCCGGUCACGAGGGCCCUGUGUCCGCGUUGGCUUUCACGCCAAAUGGCAACUCCUUGGUGAGCGGAAGCUGGGACAGGACGGCGCGGAUAUGGUCCAUCUUCAACAGGACGCAAACGAGCGAGCCGUUGCAGCUGCAGGCAGAUAUUCUCGACAUUGCUGUUCGACCCGAUUCCCUUCAGCUGGCAGUUUCCACAAUUGACGGCCAGCUGACCUUUUGGUCAGUGUCAGAAGCUGAGCAGACGGCGGGUCUUGACGGGCGCCGUGACGUAUCUGGAGGACGAAAAAUGUCAGACAGGAGAACUGCCGCCAACAUCGGUGGCAACAAGAGUUUCAGCACGAUCCGAUACAGCACCGACGGAAGCUGUCUCCUGGCUGGUGGUAACAGCAAAUACAUCUGCCUCUACUCUGUCUCCACCAUGGUACUGCUCAAGAAGUUUACCGUCAGCGUAAACCUGUCUCUAUCUGGAACGCAAGAGUUCCUCAACAGCAAGUUCCUGACCGAGGCCGGCCCCAUGGGAGAAAUCGACAUGCAGGGAGAGGCAUCCGACCGCGAGGACCGCUUCGACGCGAGCCUGCCUGGGUCGAAGCGUGGCGGCGAUCCCUCGGCGAGGAAGCAAAGGCCCGAGGUUCGGGUUACGGGAGUCGCCUUCUCGCCUGCCGGUACCGCGUUUUGCGCUGCUUCGACGGAGGGCCUGCUCAUUUACAGCUUGGACCAUACGCUGCAGUUUGAUCCGUUUGAUCUCAACAUUGAGAUUACGCCUGCUUCGACGUUGGCCGUGAUGGAGAAUGAAAAGGACUACCUCAAGGCGCUGGUCAUGGCAUUCCGACUCAACGAAGCCGGCCUCAUCAAGAGAGUCUUUCAGGCUGUGCCCCCGGCCGACAUCCCCCUGGUCGUCGCCGAUCUGCCCAUCGUCUAUGUCCCGAGACUACUCCGCUUUGUCGCCGCUCAGACGGAGGAAUCUCCGCACAUCGAGUUCUGCUUGUUGUGGAUCAAAGCGCUGGUUGACAAGCACGGCGCUUGGCUGACGGCGAACCGCGGAAAGGUGGACGUUGAGCUGCGCGUGGUCUCGCGUGCGGUUGUGAAGAUGAGGGAUGAGAUUAGGAGACUGGCCGAUGAGAACGUGUACAUGGUUGACUAUUUGUUGGGCCAGGCUGAUAAUAAGGACGACAAGAGCGCAGAAGACGAUCGACACCAUCAUGAAUGGCACGGCAGGGUCGGGCGGCGAGUCUGA